GGGAGGAAGCUCCUGAAUCUCAUGACGGACUGAGUAGCUGGCUCUCCCAGCAGACAGUGACCAACGUCUGUGUUUAGCGUUUACUUUCAUACCCACCUGCGGGACAGUGAGGGGACAGCGUCGUCUCCUGCAGAAGGUAGCCAGAGCCUCUGGAUGCAGUGUUGUGUGGGCCAACGACGUCUCUGUCGUAAAGGCCAGAGCCUUCCACUCGCCGGAGUCCCAGGAGAGAAAGCGGCGUCGGUAAACUUUCAGACAAGUUGGCUGGAAUGAUAAAGAAGGGCUCUCUAAACUGGACAGGUGCUGGAGAUCAGAAUUUAUUUACCUCUAUUUAUCCAACGCUUUCCCAGCAGCUUCCAAGAGAACCCAUGGAAUGGAGAAGGUCCUAUGGCCGGGCUCCAAAGAUGAUUCACCUAGAAUCUAACUUCGUUCAAUUCAAAGAGGAGCUGCUGCCCAAAGAAGGAAACAAAGCCCUACUUACUUUCCCCUUCCUUCAUAUUUAUUGGACGGAAUGCUGUGAUACAGAAGUGUACAAAGCUACGGUAAAAGACGACCUUACCAAGUGGCAGAAUGUUCUGAAAGCUCAUAGCUCUGUGGACUGGCUGAUAGUGGUAGUUGAAAACGAUGCCAAGAAAAAAAACAAAACCAACAUCCUUCCCCGAACUUCUAUUGUGGACAAAAUAAGGAAUGAUUUUUGUAAUAAACAGAGUGACAGGUGUGUCGUGCUCUCUGACCCCCUGAAGGACUCUUCUCGAACUCAGGAAUCCUGGAAUGCCUUCCUGACCAAACUCAGGACAUCGCUUCUUAUGUCUUUUACCAAAAACCUAGGCAAAUUUGAGGACGACAUGAGGACCUUGAGGGAGAAGAGGACCGAGCCAGGCUGGAGCUUCUGUGACUAUUUCAUGGUCCAGGAAGAACUUGCCUUUGUGUUUGAGAUGCUGCAGCAGUUUGAAGAUGCCCUUGUACAGUAUGAUGAACUGGACGCUCUGUUUUCUCAGUAUGUUGUCAACUUUGGUGCUGGGGAUGGUGCCAACUGGCUGACUUUUUUCUGCCAGCCGGUGAAGAGCUGGAAUGGAUUGAUCCUCCGAAAGCCCAUAGAUAUGGAGAAGCGUGAAUUGAUACAGAGGCAAGAAGCCACCUUGUUAGAUCUGCGCAGUUACCUGUUUUCUCGCCAGUGCACCUUGCUCCUCUUCCUGCAGAGGCCGUGGGAGGUGGCUCAGCGCGCCCUAGAGCUGCUGCAUAACUGUGUGCAGGAACUGAAGCUCUUGGAAGUCUCUGUCCCGCCUGGUGCUCUGGACUGCUGGGUGUUCCUGAGUUGCCUCGAGGUGCUGCAGAGGAUAGAAGGGUGUUGUGACCGGGCGCAGAUUGACUCCAACAUUGCCCACACCGUGGGUUUAUGGAGCUAUGCCACUGAGAAGCUAAAGUCCUUGGGCUAUCUGUGUGGACUUGUGUCCGAAAAAGGACCUAACUCAGAGGACCUCAACAGGAUAGUUGAUCUUUUGGCAGGUUUGGGAGCUGAGCGACCUGAAACAGCCAACACAGCUCAGAGUCCUUAUAAGAAACUCAAAGAAGCAUUAUCAUCAGUAGAAGCUUUUGAAAAGCACUACUUAGAGCUGUCCCAUGCUGCCAUUGAGAUGCACACGAGCAUCGGGAGGACCCGCUCUGCCAGGCUUGUCGGGAAGGACCUGGCUGAGUUUUACAUGAGGAAAAAAUCUCCACAAAAGGCAGAAAUCUAUCUUCAAGGAGCAUUGAAAAAUUACCUGGCUGAGGGCUGGGCGCUCCCCAUCACGCACACAAGGAAGCAACUUGCCGAAUGUCAGAAACAUCUUGGACAAACUGAGAACUACCUUCAGACCAGUAGCCUUUUGGCCAGCGACCACCACCUAACUGAAGAGGAGCGGAAACACUUCUGCCAAGAGAUCCUCAGCUUUGCCAGCCGCCAGACAGAUAGCCCAGGUCACAAAAUAGUACUCCCUCUGCAUUGUUUUGCACAACUGAGAGACCUCCAUUUUACCCCUUCCAACGCUGUGGUCCACGUGGGCGGUGUUUUGUCCGUGGAGAUAACCAUGUGCAGUCAGAUGCCCAUCCCCGUCUACGUGGAGCAGAUCGCCAUCAACGUCCACUUCAGCAUCGAGAAAAACAACUACCGGAAGACCGCUGAGUGGCUUACCAAGCACAAGACGUCCAACGGGAUUAUUAACUUUCCGGUGGAGACCUCGCCUUUCCCCGCAUCCCAAAACAACUUACCAGCGCUGGAGUUGUAUGAGAUGUUCGAGAGGAGUCCUUCUGAUAAUUCCUUGAACACAACAGGGAUUAUAUGCAAAAAUGUCCAUAUGCUCCUGAGAAGGCAGGAGAGCAGCGCUUCUCUGGAAACACCGUCAGGAGUGGCUCUGGAGGAUGGGGCCCACGUGCUGAAAUGCAGCGGCGUAACACUGGAGCCGGGGGCCAAUAGGAUCACGUUCAGGACACAGGCCAAGGAGCCUGGAACAUACACGCUGCGGCAGUUGCGCGCCUCAGUGGGCCCCGUGUGGUUCGUCCUGCCUCACCUGUCCCCACGGGUGCAGUACGACGUGUACUCUCAGGAGCCGCAGCUGCACGUGGAGCCGCUGGCCGAUAGCCUUUUGGCUGGUAUUCCUCAGAAAGUAAAGUUCACUGUCACUACUGGCCAUUAUACAGUAAAAAACGGGGACAGCCUCCAGCUCAGCAACGCAGAAGCCAUGCUCAUCCUGUGUCAUGCAGAGAACAGAGCAGUGAUCUACUCCAACACAAGAGAAAAGGCUUCUGAUGUGUCGCUCCGGGUUCAGUCGUCUGACAAGGUCACAAGCAUCAGCCUGCCUGCUGCUCCUGCGUACCACAUGAUUGAAUUUGAACUGGAAGUUCUCUCUUUACCUUCAGCUCCAGUAACUGGAGGAGACAGCAGCACGCUGGGGGUAACAGAGCCCCACAGGAAGCAUAAGGACACACAGAAAGCUGGCCACUGCAUGGCUACCACAGACCAUAAAGUGUCCAUUGACUGCCCGUGGUCCAUCUACUCCACCGUCAUCGCCCUGACCUUCAGCGUGCCCUUCAGGACCACACACUCGCUCCUGUCAGCCGGCACACGGAAAUAUAUUCAAGUUUGUGUCCAGAACUUGUCAGAACUUGACUUUCAGCUGUCUGACGGUAACCUUGUGGAUACUGGCAGUAGUAGUGACCUGCAGCUGGUACCACUGAACACCAAGACCCCGCAGCACAUCUACAGCAAGCAGUCAGUGUUCUUUGUGUGGGAGCUGAAGUGGACGCGGGAGCCUCCCCCUUCUCUGCGCUGCCAGUUCUCCGUUGGAUUCUCCCCAGCUUCCGAAGGACGGCUCUCUAUCCCCUUAAAGCCGUAUACUUACGAAUUUCAAGUGGAAAAUUUUUUUACAUUGUAUAACGUGAGAGCUGAGAUCCUGCCCCCCUCGGGCACGGAGCACUGUCGGACCGGCUCGCUGUGCUCCCUGGAGGUGUCCAUCACGCGGCUCUCGGACCUCCUGGAGGUGGAUAAGGACGAAGCACUGACAGAGUCGGACGACUAUUUUUCGACCAAGCUUAUGUAUGAAGUGGUGGACAACAGCAGCAAUUGGGCAGUGUGCGGGAAGAGUUCUGGCGUCAUCUCCAUGCCUGUGGCCGCGCAGGCCACUCACCGGGUCCACAUGGAGGUGAUGCCCCUCUUUGCGGGGUACCUCCCCCUUCCUGACGUCAGGCUGUUUAAAUACCUCCCCCAUCACUCUGCGCACUCCUCACAACUGGAUGCCGACAGCUGGAUAGAGAACGACAGCCUGUCGGUGGACAAGCACGUGGAUGAGCAGCUGGACAGCGGCAGCAUCAAGAGCAGGGGCAGCGUGCACUCGGCCUCCAGCAGCGAGCACAAAGGCUUGCCCAUGCCCCGGCUCCAAGCACUGCCGCCCGGCCAGGUCUUCAACUCCAGCACGGGCAUGCAGAUCCUGGUCAUCCCCAGCAAAGACGACCAUGUGCUCGAAGUCAGCGUCACAUGACCCCGCCUCAGGUCGGCACACGCCCCAGGCCGGGUGUGCGCACGCUUGAAGGGAUCCUGGCUCCACUGCUCUCUCCAUCGCAACAUUCUCGCGCUAACCAGACUUUCGGUGAUCCUGCCUGGCCACGGAAGCCUCCGAGGAGUUCGGCGUGUGGCUGGUCGGCUGAGUUACAGCGUUUAUUUUUGUGUUGUCAGUGGUGUUACUCUCUCAUCUCCCCGUCCCUGUGUCCCUGUCCCCGUGCCGGCGUCCUGCAGUGUUGGCCCAGAGCCCCACUCCCUCCCGUCGCCCCCUCCCCGCUCACCUGGCAGCCUCCUGGUCCAUGGGUUCCUUCUGGAGUCUGUGUGCCCUCGGGGGAGACACAACGGCUGCCCCCUCGAUACUGGACCAGGUGGAUCCGUGAGUCUCCUGGGGGAUAAAACACCAUCCUUUAUCCCAGAUGAGCAGUGCUUUUCUAGAAUAACAACUCCCCAUUAGGGCAGGUCAGCGAGGCUGAGGGCUGGGGUGGGGUGGGAACAGAACCCCUUCUGUGCCUUGGGGGUCGCACGGGGUGGACCUGGAACCUCCAUUAGCUGGAGCCAUCUUAAAGGUACUUUGGGAAGAUUAGACCGGGGCCUAAGGGACGACUUGGAAUCGAAGUAGUUUAGGAAUAAAUGUUUCUAGAACCCCUGCUCCCCAUGACGUUGACUGAAUGUCAUAUGCACUUGGAAUUAAAUAUGUAUUUAUUUUAAUUAUCAUUAUAUAUGUGGGGGUUGAUACAUUGUUUUCUUCUCACCUUUAAAGUCUUCACAUGUCAUUGUCACUGUGUAAUCAAUAUGUUUCUUCUGCACCCGAGUCCUAGACAUUAAGAGGCUCCGUUUCAGGGGAGACUGGGAGUGCCCUCUCAGUGUGCUUCUAGUUUGGUUGUGGAAAGGACGAAAGUCUUGGAAUGUUCUCUGCCGGCCCACUAAAAUUGCCAUCGUACCAUACCAAUGGAUUAAUUUGCUUUUGGUUGUAAAUUUAAUUGUACAUAUGGUUGAUUUAUUAUUUUUAAAAGUACAGACUAACUGAUGUAAUGUUUAUGUAUAAGUUGCACCAAAAAUCAAGGAUAAAAUAAACGUGUGUUUGUUUUUACUGG